CAACGGUUACGUAAUCGUAUUUAGACGGAUACAGUACCCAAACGCAAACCGAUAAACAGGUAUUGACUAAGAAACGGUAAAAAUCGAAGAAAUUAAAACACGUCACAUGAUUGGACAACUCGGAAUAAAGACAGCAGACGAUUAUUGAUUUCUUAUAUCGCCGACAGAAUAACGAUAAGAUCGUCUGCUCGCAGUGUUUUGGCCUUUAACCGCGUCAUAUCAUUACUCGCAACCUGCUCCUUGUAUGUUUUCAUAAGCGGGAGAGCUGGCAUUUCCAUUCUGUUCUAGAGAAUUACACUUGAAUUUGUCGGGAUCUAACAUCGAGUGUUUUUCUGAGGCAAAUAUCGUAUCAUCAGUGUUAAAAGGAUAAUAUUCAUUUCUUAAUAAUAAGCAAAAUAAAAUGGCCGAUAUGGAUGUAAUAACAGCCAACGGUGGAUUAAAUAACGGAGGAAAUAUACAAGGCGAGCUAGUGAAUGGCGAUCAUCCUGCCGUCGAGCAAACAAAUGCAAAUAAUGCCAACGGCCAAAUUGAUGUGAACGAGAACCUCAACCUAAAGAACCUUCAAAUGACGGCGGACUCGGAGCAGCCAGAAAUUCAACCAGAUAUGAAACAGGAAUUACCGGGAGAUGAGGCUGGGAAUGUUGAUUCGGAAGCAGACGAUGUUCCUAGCUUGCAACCCAAUAUUCCCAAAUCCUCCUCCUAUGAGGAUGCCUUUGAAGAAGAUGUGGCAGUGGUCACAGACACCUACAUCGAUGACCCAAAUGGCAAAAAGAAAGCACAGAAACCUGGAAUGUUGUUUUGUAUCACAGCACAUGCUCCUGCAGAAAAGGAUAACCAACUUGCAGACACAUCAUCCGAGGUAACAGAAUCGACAUCAGAAGCGAUACAUACUACGCUGGAUGAAGCAGUGGCACAAGAGACACCAGUACCAGAAGAAGAAGAAGCGGUAGCACCAGACACAAAGGCAGAAGAGCUAAAAGAAUCCACUAAAGAAGUAAAGCCUGAGGAAGUUACUAACAAAGAGGAGUCACAACCCGAGGUUUCUGCCAACGAAGUAAAACCAAAAUUAUCGGUUGACGUUGCAAAAAGGCAGUUGUCCUCUGGAAGUAACGGCCAGAAGUCACCAACUCCUCAGAGCCCCAGGCACAAGUCUGCUAGUGGUAUUCCAAGACUCUCUGCAAGACCAAAGUCUGCCGGAAGUCAAGAAGAACCACCAAGUCCUAAGGAGGGACCAGCCAAAGUUAACUCGCCAAGGUCAAGUCCUGUAAAAAAAAUGCCUUCAGCACAAACUACAAAAAUGAAGGCUCCUAAAUCACCAAGAAAAAUAGAAUCUCCACGACGAGAACCACCAUCUAAAGCAAAGGUCGGAGAAUGCCCCAAGCCUAACGUAAAGGCAAAAUCAAAGGUCGGUUCAACAGCAAACAUAAAGCACGUACCGGGUGGAGGAAACGUGAAAAUAACAGAUGCGAAGCAAGACUUCAAACAAGUCCAAUCGAAAUGCGGUUCCAAAGCCAACAUCAAGCAUAAGCCAGGUGGUGGCAACGUAAAAGUAGAGACCAAAAAACUGGACUUCAGUUCAGCGCAAUCAAAGUGUGGCUCACUAGAUAAUGCUAAGCACAAACCUAGUGGUGGCAAAGUACAGAUAUUUAAUGCUUCACUUGACUUUUCAAAGAAGGCAAAAAGUAAAACAGGUUCCCUGGAUAACGCCAACUAUACCCCAAGAGGGAGUAAUGUUAAGAUAUUUAACGCUUCAGUUGACUUUUCAAAGAGGGCUAAAAGUAGAACAGGUUCCAUGGAUAAUGCCCACUAUACCCCAAGAGAGAGUGGUGUUAAGAUAAUUCAUGAUCCAAUUGACUUUUCAAAGAGGGCAAAAAGUAGAACAGGUUCCAUGGAUAAUGCCAACUAUACCCCAAAAGAGAGUGGUGUUAAGAUAAUUCAUGCUCCACUUAACUUUUCAAAGCGGGCAAAAAGUAGAACAGGUUCCCUGGAUAACGCCAAAUAUACCCCAAGAGGGGGAAAUGUUAAGAUCGAGAACCAUAAAGUUGACUUCUCGGGAAAAGCAGAGAGUAAAGUUGGCUCUAUGGCCAAUGUAAAAUACACUCCACAGGGUGGCAAUGUUAAGGUUCUGAAUCAAAAAGUGGACUUCAAAGAGAAAGCACAGAGUAAAAUAGGGUCACUAGAUAAUACCAAGCACACGCCAGGAGGGGGGAAAGUCAAGAUUGAAAACCGCAAAUUAGAUUUUAGCAAAGCAACGUCGAAAGUAGGUUCAAAGGAUAACAUAAAGUACAAGCCAGGUGGUGGUGAUGUGCAGAUUGUUGACGAGCAGGUUAGCUUCAAAGCAGAAGCUAAGAUCGGGUCAAAGGUCAAUUUGAAGCACCAGCCCGGUGGUGGAGAUGUUCAAAUCACUGACGAGCAUCUACAAUUCAAACAAAAAGCUGCUCCUAAAGUCGGGUCAAAGGCCAACAUUAAGCACAAACCUGGUGGUGGUGACAUCGAAAUACUUGAUGAACGUUUGUCUUUCAAGGAAACAGCAGCACCAAAGGUCGGGUCAAAGGCCAACAUUAAGUAUCAGCCAGGAGGUGGGAAUAUCCAGAUUCUAGAUGAGAAGUUGACCUUCAAGGAAAAUGCGACCCCAAGGACAGACCACGGGAUGGUGGUUGAAGAGGAAGUUGCAGAAUGAGAAAAUAAAAACAGUUUUACUAAAAAGACAUGGAAUAAGCCAGCCAUGGUUCAUCUCCAAAUUUAGAUGCACACACAAAAACUGAUUAAACUAACAACUUAAGAAUCUCUAUAGUUACAGUCAGUACUACUGGUUAUCUACCUAGUCAAAAAGGCAUGCCUCUAGUACCUUGCUAUUCAAAGAAAGAAGUAUAUUGUAUGCCACAUAGCUUACAUCACUGGUGUAGCAAUAGCAUGUAACAAUGUGCCAUACAGUAGUAUCAGAUAUAUUUUGUGAUGCCUGUACAACAUAAAAUGUAGCAUGUAGGUAAAAUACAAUAAAACAAUGCCACAUAGCUAACAUUAUAGGUGUAGCAUGUAUGAAACGUGUCAUAAUGAUAAUCAAAAUGUUGCAUGCUACAUUCCAUAGAUUCAUCAUAAUGUAUAGUACUGUAAUGUGAAAAAAAUAAUCAAAAGUUGCAUGCCACAUAUCCUACACCAUAAAACAUGUGUAGCAUGUAACAAUUUAUUUCAUGCUACACAUUGUAUGCCAUAAAAUAAAUCCAAACUUUGAUGUUCCUUACUUCUUAAAGUGUUGUAGCACAUCAAUAGUAUUUAUCUGCUAUGUAAUUAUAAAGCUCUAAAAUCCUCAUUUAAUUAAAAUGUUAUGGGGUAAAUAAAAAAAUUCAUAACUUUCCUAUCUAUAUUUUAUACAUGAAAAAAAUCUGAUAUAUAUUCAAACACAAGUUUAAUAGAAAAACAUAAUUCUUGGAAUAUUAUUCGGUAUUACUAAAGAAUCUCAUUCAAUAUUAAAAACAAACUGUUUAAAUGACAGAUCCUUGACUGAAUAUAAUGUACAGGCCCAAAAUAAUAUAUGAUGAUAAAUUAUUUAUAUAAAGAAAAAAUUGAUUGAGGAAAUGAUUGCACUUAAAAAAAACUUUGGAUGUAAAUAAUUAAUUAACCAAAACAAAUUUUAUAAAUAAAUUGGGUUAAAUAAAAUUAAUAGGAUGAAAUUUAAAGAUCCUGUAUAUCUUUCUACAAAAAAUGUACAUUAAAAACAUCUUUAUUAGAACUGAUGUUAAGUAAGUUAAUGUUAUUUAAAAAUUAUUAGCAAACACAUAAUAACAUACAAAAAUGUACCAUUAAAAGAUUUAAAAAAAAAGGCUUCAUCAGGUGAAGAUUCCCAUGUUAACAUAACAUAAAUUGAUAACGCAAUUAUGUGAGGUUGGCAAAAUAAAGUUUCUAAUAUCUUUUAUGUACAGUACCAAAAAUGGACUGUUAAGAUUUGUAUCAAUUAAUGUUUAGUAAUAAUCCAAAUUUGUAAAUUUAUCCGUUUUCCAAACCGUUUUCCAUGAAUGUAACGAUGCAAGGUAGAUUUAGUUGGUGCACUACUAAAAACAAUUUAACAGCUAUAAUAACAAUCAGUUGUAUCUUAAACAAUCAUCAGUGUUCUAUAAUUGAAGAUCCGUGUUUGUACUAGGCUAUCAUAUUAAACUACAAUAAUUGUUUCUAAUUAGGUGUCUUUGAUUUAUCAUCAUAAUUAACAAAUUUAACUGAAGGUUUUUUAGUUGAAACAGUGUUGAUAUAAAGAAAUCUAUACUUCUGAUUGCAUGGUUAGACUUUUAGAAAACCGUAAAUCGCUUGAGGUAUGGUCGUACCAUAUUAGGGAGCUUUUGAUUGCACGACAACAGUAAGAUGUAGAACAUAAUGACGUUACUAAAAGUUAUCUGCGCAUGCGAGAACGUUAAGUUCUCCUCGUUGCGCAGAUUCUAGGACGCAAUUUGGCCAAAUAUAUGUAUGCAGAAAAUGUAGGACGCUCGGGAGGACGGUCACGAAUGAGUAAUUCAGUUCUAGCGCUGCUAAAUCAGAAGCUCCCUAUUAAGAGAUAAGGGGCCUAUAAUAGUGUACCCAGGUAUAUGAAGAUUUAAGGUAGUUCAACAAAAGAUUUGUGGCAAUGUGUAUGAAUAUACGUAGUAUACUAAUGGUAUAUUUCUUUGAUGUUUGUGCUUUAAGAAUUCAUUAUUAAAUGUUGCAGAUAUUAAUUUAUGAAUGAAUUUCUUCAAUAUUGAUUUCAAGUCAAGUUGUAAAUUUAUGUAUAUGGUUGUUAAUAAUACAAGUAGUAGAUUGUGGAAAUAAUUAUUAUGAAUUUGAAAUUUAAAAAAAAAAAAUUGAGUACUGUAUUUAAUUUGUAAACAAAAAAGAAAAAAUCUAUAAAUGGCUGGUAGAAAUUAUUAAAGAAAUGUAAAGAAACAGAAUAUAAUUUGGAACACGAGUUUUAAUUUCAGAAAAUCGGAAAUGUACUGGUGAACUUUUACCCUAUAACAUAGAACAGACUAAGAAAUGAAAAUUGUAUGUCAUUAUAAGUUAUUAUAAGUAUUAAUAUGUUGUAUUUAUUGUGUGUGCUUGGCUACUGAAAUAAUGCAUUGUACUUUCGGUAAAAAUAAUACCUUUUUACACUUCUGAAGAGCACACAAUUGAAGUUGUUGGAGUGAAUGAAAAUGGUCACUACUCUAAAUCAUUGCAGCAUUUUAUUUUCAAGGCAAAAAAAGUUUACUGUUUAUUCUAGUCUUCAUCUGCUAAAUAUAUAUUAACUACCGAUACCUACAAUGGUUGCUUAAAUCAUUUCAGCGUUUUUAUUUUCAAGGCAAAAAAAACUUUACUGUUUAUUCUGGUAGUCAUCUGCUAAAUAUAAAUUAAAUACCGAUACCUACAAAUGGCUGUUUAAAUCAUUGCAGCAUUUUAUUUUCGAGCCAAAAAAACUUUACUGUUUAUUCUGGUAUUCACCUGCUAAAUACAUAUUAAGCAAUGGCUGCUUAUUAAAAUCCAAUUCGCUUUUAGAUAUUUAUACAUAUAUAAGUGUGUUGAAAGCAUAUCAUUAUUCAUAUAAAAAUUUAUUUAUGCAUAUAAGUGUUUAAUUCAGCAUUUGCAUGUUCAUAUGUGGGGGAACACUUGGUGUAGUGGUUGCAACAGUCUUAAGGUCGGGAGUUCUAUUCCCACUCUAGUGUUUUGUGACCCUAUAGAGAGCCAAGUAUGCGUUGCAAUGGACAUUUAUUCCACUACUGGAUUAAUAAUGUGACGUGGGCUUUAUAGGAUUGGAAUAAUUUUUGUCAUAGUUAUAUUCAGAUAUGGGUUCUAAAAAUUAAAAAAAUAUUAACCCAAUUUAUCUUAAACAAUUGCAUAUGAAGAAGAUGGAUAAUAUCAAGUAAAUGUUAUAUACCAAAUCAAAGCAAUGAUUCUGGAAAUUUACAACGAUAAUAAUUCUCUAAAAUUAAAGCAGAUUAUAUUCUUGCCAAGAAAUUUUGGAAAAAACGUAAUUUUUUACAUGUGGCAAAUGAGUUCAGAUUUUUUUUCCAUUUUGAGUUUUGUCAACAGUAGAUAUACAGUAUAUGUAAUUAGUGUUAUAUUAACAGAUUAUCCUGUGUUUUUUGGCAGCUUGUAAAUAUUAUUGGAAUUUCUGUGGUGUUUAUGGUAUGCAAGUUUCUAGUAAAUAAAUGUGUUGACAGAAUGA